AUGCAGUUCAAGGCUCUCCUCCUCUUCACCAUCACCGCCAUCACGGCUACCGCUGCAACUGUUCCAGUCAGUGCCAGACAAGCCGGUGCCGACUUCGGUGACUGCACUCCUACCAUCGAUUUCCAACUUGGCCGUGCCGGACGCAAGGCUACCGAGGGUACUUUCUUGCCCACCGACGCUCUCGUCGCCAAGGGUCAACAAGAUGCCCUGAACCCCAACAUCAUCACCAACCGUGUUUGCGAUCAACUCACCAACGUUUGCAACGCCAACGAUGCCGCUGUUGCUCUUUGUGAGGAUGCCCAGGCACAGGUCGCUGCUGCCGGAACAAAGGAUGCUUCGACUGCUGCUCUUUUCAACUCGGCGCUUGGAUUUUAA